ACAUAUAAGAAUUUGUUGAAAUAGAUGUGUAUUGUUAGUUUACAAUGAGACAUUUAUUAUGAUUUGUUGCUUCCUUCUUUUUUUUUUGUUUGUUUGAGAAAAAGAUGAAGAUGACUGUACAGUAUUAUGACGAAUGACUGUGGUUUGUUGCCACAUCCUGUUUCAGCAUUAUUUAAGGCGAUGGUGAACAAUACGCAGUAAUAAUAGAUGCAAGGCUACAUGCCUCAAGUUUGUACUUUAGAAACAAAAUACACAGCACAACCAUCUGAUUAAGCUCAUCCCAGAGCUCUUCUUUAUUUGAAUUCCUGGGACUGUGGACCAUGAUCACCAAGGGCCUAACUGACCUGAGGAUUUUGGCUGUGGAUGUUUUUACCAGUGAUAACAGAGAGGGCUUCAAGAGAACCACCGUCCUCCUCCUCUUGUGUGUCUUCCCAAGCCUCCUCCUCAGUGCUUUACUGCUUCUGUACCUUUUCUUCACUCUGACUUGUGACCUAGCAGUGUCCUCGGGGAUUGCUGCCCUCUUUGGGGUGCUGUUGACACUCGGCCUAUUCCUGUCACAGACGGUACGAUGCUUGUUCACUCUAUUUGUCAUAUCGCUUUUCACUAAGAAGAGUCGUAGUCUCCUGCUAACCGCUGGCACAAGUGUAGUUGUCCUUGGAAAUAUUCAAAACACUAUGGAGAACCUCACAGGCUUGAUCAGGAGCAUGAUUUGCAACCUGAGGGCCAAAAAAGAAUCAGUCAUUGCUCCCUUCAGAAACUAUGUGGACAUGUUGAAAUGGCUGGCUGAUAUUUUACUCGGGGUGACGGAUUUCGGCGUGGUCAAGCUGGACUCCCAACUCAAAAUUUCACCCAAAGUGGACUUGGAAAAUUUUCGGGAGCGACUCACCCAAGUCGAAUUGAAGUUGAAUCAAAGUGUCAAAUAUGCAGUGAAUUUAAUAAACACAGUAUCCACUGUGAAGGAAUAUGUUUAUCCUCUCAUCAGCAUACUGGUGCUCAUCAUCUUUAUAACCUUGCACGUAAGAAAUUACUGCAAUGACAUGAAGUACAAAAAUAAUUUCAUCAGUAACAAAUUUAUUGACUUUGACAAGAAGCAGAAGGCGCAAGGAAAGCAACACGUACUUCCUCUCACAUCAGAGGAGAAGAAGCUUUACCCAUCCCUCCCUUCCCUCCGUCCCACCACCCAGGAAGGAAAAGCUCUGCUAAAAUUUGGCAUUCCAAUUAUCACCCAUUUGAUUGCUUGGGUCAUAUUUAUAGCUGUGGAUGCCGUGUUGUACUAUUUUGUUACUAUUAUAACAACCAAGCUGUCAGAGAUGGAACCAUUCCACGUCCCUCUGCGGCUGAGCCUCAAAGGGAUUGCGACCUUAAUUGGUCUACAAUUGAGUGAGGAAAACCACCAAAAGGACUUUUCUUAUUCUGUGACGCUGUUUGAGAAGCAGUGCCUCCCCAAACCCAAACUCCUGCUCAACAACUCUCUGGUCCCAUUGACUGCCAUCUUGCUGACCUUGCUCGUUAUGGCCCCUGUAGCGGCCAAGUUGGUCCAGAUCAGGCUCAUGGUGUGUGAGAGAUUUUACUGCACCGCUGCAGAGGAGAGGAUCAAGUAUCUGCAUGCCAAAAUUCUGAGGAAGAGGUUAAAAAGGAGGCGGGAGAAAGACAGUUUUACAUCACUCAUCACCAAGCCACAUUUCUGGUGUCCAUUGCUUUUCUCAGACGAGGUCAACACGUGAGGAAAGGUUUCUCCAUAUACACAACAGUGACUGACACUAUAAUGUAUCUCUGUGGGUAUAUAUAUAUUCAUAUACAUAUAUAAAAUAUUGCACAUUUUUAUAUUGUUGUAAUGUAUUUGUUCCAUACAAUCUGCAUGUAUUAUCUAAACUUGGAUCAACAAUGUAUGUCUUUAUUUAUAUAAUGUUGAUGUUAUGACACAGAUUUUUUUUUCAAAGAAAUUAAAUAUCAUUAAUAUAAUGACAACAUUUUCUGGUUGGAACAUGUUUGUUUUUGUCAAACAAUAUUUUCAAUACAUAUUGUCACGUUUUGUCCCCGGUUGUUUUAUGAUGUGCAUAUUGUCAUAGUUUCUGUCAGUGUCUGUGUGCUCGCCCCUCCCUUCCUGGGUCUACUCUCAAUCUAUGUACUAAUCACAGUCAUCUGUCUCUCGUUACCUGUCGCGUAUAUAAGUCCUGUCUGCGUGUCACGCCCUUUUCGGGUUAUUUCUUGUCUCAUGCUCUGUUGUCGCUAGUUUCUUGUGUCUUCUUGUACCACGUCUCGGUUAGUUUGGUUUUUGUUUGCCAGCCCUGUCAGUCAGUCCUGUUGACUUUGCCGGUUCUGUUGACUUGUUCCCUUUAUCCUCCCUUCCAACUACCUGUUCCCUUCAAUAAACCCUGGUCCAAGCUGCAUUUGGUCGCCCUGCUCCAUUCCGAUCCGUGACACAUAUACGUAGGUAUAAAUUGUGUGUGUAUGCGUGCGUGCGUGUUUCUGUGUAAGAUAUCUACCGAAUGUGUCUAUUUGAAUAGACAGAGGUACUUGCAUAAUCCAAGACAGCUGUCCUUUGCAUGUGCAGUGUAGGCCCCCCGUCUACCAUUUGCACCGUGCUGUCACUAUGCAUUGACAUCAUACAGGUGUUUUAUAAAACAGGGACACUUGGAGUUUUGCAUCCUUUGCAUGACUACCAAUGAUAAUUUUAGCUUUGUAUUUGACUU